AUGAUGAAUCAACACAUAUUUGUAUUCCCUUCCUCCUAUGCGGCUGUGACGUAUGGACUCACGGUAGGGACUGGUCUGUUGUUUGCUCUCUUUGUGGGAUUGUGGUUACAUCACAAGGAACUUCUCUCCACCCACUGCGAGACGGCGGAGUAUUGGCCCAGCAUCAGUACACUCAGCGGUGAUUUUCCACCAGAGCGACAAAUAUGGAGAGUGGCUUUUGUGUUGUGUGCGCCAUUUCGACUGGGAGCGACAAUUUCUCUCUUUUCUGUAUUUUGGCAGCGUGGUUGUGGAAAUAUCAACAGUGUAAAUGGUGGGACUUUAAAUGGAAUGAUGAGUAUGAUGCAUUCACCCAUUGCAUUCUUUAAAUCUACUGCUUUCUUAACACUGAUGAUGCUUACAUGGGAUCUUGGUAGACUGAUUGGGGCCUUAACAUGGACAAUGAUAUCCUCUGCAGAGAAUUUAGAACGACAUAAUGUUGGAUUUGGUUUUUAUGUAUUUUUGGGUUUUCUUCUGCAGGUGGUAAUUAACAUUAUCGUUCGACGAAAUACGUAUAAUCUGAAUAUUUAUGCUAGUCAGGAAGAUGCACAUAAAUCACAGCGUCUAAAACGUAUUUGUUUGAUUGGACAAACCACAUCUGCCCUUCUUCUUGUGUUUUUCUAUAUUCGUCAUGUGAUUACAUGCGCUGCGGGGGCAUACAGUUUAUCCACUAUGUGUGAAUGGUCUUUUGCCUCUUUUAACAUAUUAUUUGAUAUGAGUGCUUGGUAUGAAUUAAAGAAAGAUGCAUGGGUAUUUGGCGCAUCCCCACAGGAUUAUCGUCAACUCUUAUUUACACAUUCUUCCUCUUCCGAGGCAAGAGACUCUCAUCGUGGAUCAAAGGAAUUAAAUAAUGGUAUGAACACAGAAGAAGAACCAUUAAAUAUCAGUGAAAAAGAGAAUGAAAGCGAAAAUAGCUAUAAUAAUAAUAAUAAUAAUAUAUAUGCUUUUAGAAUUUUAUCAACCGAUUCUAUAGAUAGAAAGAAUGUAGUAGUACAUGAAUUUAAUCCUUUUUGUGCUCCAUCUAAUGCUUCCAUGUGGUUAGUGGAUAUUUACUGGUGUUAUUUAUUCUGGGAAAUGAUUAUGCAUCUUGUUGAACACAUGUACUUUAUGCCACUUGUAGCGAUGUCUAUUUCUUGGGAGUUGGUAAGUAUAUUUGCAUUCUGUUCACCUAUAUUACUUCAUUUGGCUCCAUUCCGUCGUUGGGCGUUGGGAUAUAUUCCUUGUUUUCAAACUCCAAGAAAAGGAAGUAGUAGUAGUAGUGGUAGUGAGGGAAUGAUCUCGAGAAGACAACGUAUUCCAAUGUUUAUUCUCUUUUACUUUCUUACGUCUCUUUCGCAUUUUCAUUUAUUUGUUCGACAUUCAGAGCGAUUAAAACUUCUGGCAGUGGCGGUAGGACCAUUUUUUCUCUCAUUAGCAACUUUCUGUCGCUUUUUAUAUCCAUAUGCAUCUACCAAUGACAGUAGUGAUGAUAGUCGUCGUUUAUUGUAUUGUUUUCCAUUAGCGCUUACUGCUAUUAUGUUGGUACGUGUCUUGUUUCUCACACAAGAUCCCGUAUUUACACAUCCUUUAUAUGGUGGUUUGUUUGGUAUUAUUCUGGGUAUUGUUGCCACUGUAUUUAUAUACAGGCAAGUCAUGUUUGGAGAUGCAACGUCUACUAUUAAUACUAAUACUAAUAAUAAUAAUAAUACUAAUAAUAAUAAUAAUAAUAAUAGUAAUAAUACUAGUAAUAGUACUCAUAGUGAUAGCAGGGAUAUGCAAGAUUUAUCUAUAAGAACAGAUGACUCUCGACAGGUACACUUUUCUCGACCGUGUCUUUCUAAUAGUAUUACAGCAUGGGUGACAUCAUAUCCACCAUCCUCACCGUUUCUAUUGGGAUUACUUUUUGGUCUUCUCACAACGGUUUCCCUUACAUUCUACACCUGUUCUAAUUAUAUCCCACGACUUCUUGCCAUUGAUCCAUAUCCAGCCAAUCUACUUGUUAUUAUUUCUUUUGUAUUGGGUCUUUACCACUCACAAGAUGUGGUGCCUCUUUUGGCUCAAGAAAAAGAUGGAAAUAAACGGAAUAGUUCUUUUAUUGCCUCUUGGCUACGUGUUGGUGUUGGACUUUUGGGUGGAUGUCUAACUAUGUUACUAGCCACUAGACAAACCAACCGCUCCUAUGAACUUCGACAUGAACAUUACCCAACCACUACAGAAAGUAUAAGAGCAAAUGUUGAUAUUCGAAAUUGGGCAGUGGAAUCAAAUUUCUUUGGUAAUAAAUAUAUUGCCUUUACUGGGGGAAUUGUAAUGACAUUCUUUAUUGGAGCCUUGUAUCCAAUUAUUAUGGAACUUGUGUUUAUACAACAACGUGUACGUUAUCUCUCUGCUAUUUCGUUUGCAGACUUAUCUGAUUCUCCAAAGGCAAUUACGGAAUUUACAUCUACACGUGUGAUUUCAUUUGAACUUGUUUGGUCACUGACAACUUUUGUGGUUGUAUUUAUGUACGCCUCAUGUGUUUCUUAUCCAUUUGUUCCUAUGGGAUGGAUUUUACGUGAACGUUCUGUAUUUAUACACUUUUCCAAUGUAUGUGGGAUCUUUCUAUGUACCUGGUAUUUAGCCUAUCGAGUGAGAAGUGGGAUAUCACAGAAGGAAACUAAAUCUAAUUCAGCUAAAAAACAAAGACGGAUGCCAAUAUUUAUGAUGAUAUUAUUGGGAUUAAUAUUCUUUUUCUUUAUUAUUUGUCGUGAGGCCUUACAACCACCAGAUCGUAGUAUUCCAGAAGGGAAAAAAACAGCCUUUGAUCUUCCAAUGGAAGUCCUUUCUGUACAUAAGGCAUUAACAAAUUUAGAAAAAAUACGAAAUGUCGCUACAGAUCCACUUUUAAAAGGUUAUGAACGUACUUUUACAGAGGAAGAUUAUAACAGUAAACGAUCUUUACUUGAAGAUGUAAUUAAAGGAACCAAUAAAACAAAAUAUAAGAUUUCUGAUGUACCAGAGGAAUUUAAUAUUACCCUUGAUCAUCUUUCAUCGGAUCAACGUUCUGAAGUAUGGGAAGCGGCAAGUGAAAUGACUUUCUUUAGUGGUAUGAUAUGGACAGUCCAUUUUGCCCUAGAUAAUUUUAAUACAGACUCCUUAAGUCGAAUGGCAAAAGAAGCUAUUAAAACUAAUGCUGGAGUUGUAGGUCUUUUGGAAAGUGAUUCUAUGCAUGUAACUAAUGGUAAUAGAGAUAUGGUGGAAUAUAUGUCGUAUCAUCUCGGUUACCGUUAUACCAGUUAUGGUCCUACAGUAUUAGAUAAUACGUAUGGAUGUGCGAUGAUAUCUAAAUAUCCAAUCCUGCAGGUAAAACGAUAUAUUAUGCCUUCUCCUUUAGGUGAAUUGGCAUGUCUUAUUCAUGCUGAAUUGGAUGUAUUUGGUAUUCCCAUUCAAACCUAUGUGGGUCACUUUGGUAAUACCGAACAUUGGGCAGAUGGACUUUUACAAUCUCAAUUCCUUGGUCGCCUCGUCUCAUCUAAUCCAGGUCCAUCCAUGUUUCUUGGUUACGUGGUAUCUUAUCCUGGCAAUCCAGAACGCUAUCACUAUUACGCUUCUCAGAAAAAACCGGGUUUCCUGCGAGAUACGGCACUUGAAAUGUAUAGAGAUCACGCCUGGUAUCGUAUGGAGGAACGUGGGGGAUAUGAUGAACCCGAACCAGAGAAAACUACAGUGGCUCCAGGCACACCCAUUGAUUUUAACGUGGAGUGGAAACUUGAACAUGUGAAGGAACUGGAAAAGGGAAUGAAAACAGAUGUAUCAUUUCGACGAACACCAGAAGGACAACCAUUACGGUAUUUUCAGUAUAAUGAUACGGGUAUUAUUACGAAUUAUCAUCCUCGUUUUGAAUUCAUUGAUCGUUACUGUCAAUAUAUAUUUUACAAAACUGGCAGCACGAAGGAUGAGUUGCCAGAAGGACGUUCAAAACUUCAGCCAAUGGAAUUAUAUUUAUAUGAUUGGCACCGAGUCCUCACAAAGGCCGUGACGAGUCUCUCCGAUACGGAAAUACAAGUGGUGCGGUUGGGAUUUAAAUUCCAUCGCCCAGGUUUAUGA